GGCUGCACCAGGCCCCAGCAGCUCCUCUCUCUGGAAAGAGCAAGACGAUUUUGUUGCUGAGAUGCACAGAGCCCCCCGGCUGACCUUUCCCUGUGCCAGUGAGUACCUGUGGCAUGCAAGGGAGAAAGCCUAUCAGGACCACAGGAGAAAGGUCCAGAGCGCCCGGCCGCUGGUAGACACCUGCGCCCCGCUGACGUUCCGCCAUCUCCAUCUGAAACUCAAGAGGCUGAAGCUGGAGGAGGAACGGCUCUCCGUCAUCGAGAGGGACAACCGCCUGCUCCUGGAGAAGGUGGCCUCUGUCAUGAGGACCAGGGGACAGACUGACAGCAAAAACGACUCCACACACGGGAGUCUGCACAGGGGGAAGAGAGAACAGGAACUUCGCAGAGUGCGGAAGAAAACACGGCCAUUCUGGAAGGAAUCACACACUCAGAAUCAUGGUAUGGAGCUCAAAGGUGGUGUGAAGACUGGGGCAGGGCUGAGAAGUCCCAGGUGCUGGUGCGGAGUCUCCCUGGAGACAGCAGAUACGCCAAGCAAAAAGCAGGAACUGAAACUGGAAUUUAGCAACCGCACAGCCAAGCCUGGACCCUAGAAGAGAAGUGAGGAAGGGUGAGGAUUCAGAACACAAAUCCAGAAAGAAGACAAGCGUGAUGAGGGGGGGUGACAAGGAAGACCCACUAGGCCACCCGUGAGCUACCCCAGGCUAACACAGCCACCGGUCUCAGGGCAGUGUGGGCUAUCAGCCUUGCCCAAGGCCGGGGCCAGGGCAGCCCCGCUGUCUUCCUCUCUUCACUGUUAUCACAGCCAGAGCAGCUGUGAAGUGCCCGUGAGGCAGCUCCUAAAACGGUGUUUCAACAAUGUGCCUCAGCAGAUGAUGCAGCAAAACUAUUUUCUGUGCUUCUUGGACUGAUAACUGAAAACAAAUUAUGCAGAGUAAUAUUAGGAGCUAAAGGUUUUGUAUUAGAUUUUUUUC